GGGGGUCCCUGUCGGACCCGGCCACCCCACGCAAACCCUACCCUAUCUUCCUCCUCCUCCUUCUCCCUCCUAUAUCAGCCCACCCCGACGACCUCCCCCGAGGCCACAACGAUUGCAUCCAUCCACCGAAACCACAAAGCAGCCGAUUCGAGCCUGCCCUAGGGUUUCGAGCGAGAGGAUUCGCGGCCCGCGCCGUAGAGGAGAGGUCGGCUGUAUGGAUCGGUACCAGAGGGUUGAGAAGCCGCGGGAGGAGGCGGCCAUCGGCCCCAACGAGAUCCGCAUCACCGCGCAGGGCCGCACCCGCAACUACAUCUCCUACGCCCUUACCCUGCUCCAGGACGAUGCGACAGAUGAAAUUGUUAUCAAGGCCAUGGGAAGGGCUAUCAACAAGACAGUGGCCAUCGUGGAGCUUCUUAAGAGAAGGAUUGCUGGUCUCCAUCAGAAUAACUCUAUCGAAUCAAUUGAUAUAACUGACACAUGGGAACCCUUGGAAGAAGGGCUUAACAUUCUUGAGACUACUCGCCAUGUUUCCUUGAUUACCAUUACCUUGUCAAAGAAGGAGCUGGAUACUUCAUCUCCUGGUUACCAGCCACCAAUACCAGCUGAUCAGGUCAGGCCUCCAACUGACUUUGAUCAGGAUGCAGAGGACUUGCCAGGUGACCGUGGAAGAGGCCGUGGUCGCCGUGGUGGAAGGGGCAGGGGAAGAGGUUUUAGCAAUGGAGGGGCAGAUUAUGAUGACGAGAAUGGAUACUCGGAGGGUCCACGUGGAUAUCGUGGCAGAGGAAGAGGAAGGGGUAGACGUGGAUCCUUUGGGCCUGGAAGGGGUUAUGGUGGUGAUGGCUAUGUAAUGGAAGAAGCUGGUGGAUAUCAUGGUGUGGAGCAUGAUGCACCUCCUGUGCAUGGGCCUCCUGAGCAUGAGCAAGGAUACGAAGGUUACAGAGGUAGGGGCCGUGGCCGAGGUCGAGGACGUGGCCGUGGACGCAGUGGGGGUCGUGGCCGUGGACCUCCUCCUCCUCAAGAUUAGAUUUGGCAUCUAUGGAAUGCAACAGCUCAUCUUUACUAGAUUAAUGUUAUCUUCUGUUGUAACUUUAUCUGGUUAGGUUUAUGUUAAAACUUAAAAGUUUGACAGAAUGACUCUAGUGUGGGGGAUGAGGCUAGUUAUGAUUUUUUGUAGCUAGGUUACUCUUCCAUUUGCUUUUAUAUCGGAACUGGUAUCAUUCCAACUGUGCAUUGUAGCAUCCUUAAUGUGUUUAUCACCAAAUUUAGCUCAGGAAAUUCUUUUGUGAUGUCA